AUGGGUUUACGAAUGUUUUGCGAGCCUGACGCCAGCGACUCCAAGACCACUAUUAAAGCAGAUCCUACGGCCCCGGCGCGAUCAGCCAUUCGACGCCAACGCACCGUUAGAUACAGCCCAAACGCUCGCGAUCAUCAAUCAACCCUCUCCACACUACUGUCCCAUAGCCGAAAUCGCUCCCAAGGUCCCAUGCGAGUGCUAGCGGAUCGACGCUCACUGCUCGAGGAUAUACGCCGACAAGAUCGAAGCGCCACUUCAUCGAUAUCUAAUCCUACCGAUGCUCAUGAUGUCGAAGCAGAGGCAGACCUAGCACAUUCUGAAGCAAGCCAGCGCAGCCGCUUAGAGAGUGGGCGCGCACUGCUGAGAGAUGCGCUGAGCUACGAGCGCCCUGGCCGGCGCCUGAGGAUUUCUCGACAAACAACAUUUUCCGAAGCCCCUACAGCGACAGCCCUUUGGCGGCCAGUUGGCGCCGAGGAUAUUGAAGCAUCACAGACCUCAGCCAGGGCAGAUGAAGCAAGGUCGCCGCCUCCGCGAUAUUUGCCAACACCCUCUUACACGUCAGGCGACACCUCAAAUCGGUCCACUCUAUAUGUUCCCUCGCCGCCGUUGGGUACCGCCUUGCUCACUCCUAGAUUCGCACCAGCUCAUAGGCUAGAUGGCGAGGACGAAGCUCGAGCUAACGCCGUGCGCGAGGAAGUCCUCGCGCGGCUCUCGUCAAGAAUGGCGGAAAUGAUGGAUAGCGGUGAGCGCGGCGGCAUCGCAACACACGCUGCGCAGAUCGCGAGAAUGAGGGAUCUCGACCAAGAUGCGCUUACAUCAGAGGUACGCGAGCAAGAAGCAGCGUAUCUAGAAUUGGUAGAGACGCGUUUGGAGCUGAUGCGCAGAGUGAGAGACCAUGACUUGGCUGAGCUUCCUCGUCUACGUCGGAUGAGUCGUCCUAUCCAAGCAAUACCAAGGCCUGCACGUAGGCGUCAUCAUCAGAGCAAUUUUGACGGCCUUGGUGACCGGGAGCGAAGCUUCAGUCCGGAUGACGAUCAAUGGGAGACUAUCCUCACAACCAUACCACCAGAUGAAAGGGUUCCUAGCGCCCAUUCUUCUUUCACGUCAGCGGCGGCGUCGUCGACUUCACCCUCAUCCAAUCCCACAUCAUCGUACGGUACUGUGGUUACGGCACCUUCCACCAAUACUGAAGUUGAAGCCUGUCCAGCGGAGUACGACGACUCCGAGGACGACUCUGUUGACGCAUUCGACGCGCAAGUUGCACAAGUUGAGAGCCAAGCCAAUCGCAUUGAAGCACUGUCUCAGAGACUGGAUCAGCAGCAAUAUCGGGACGAGCAUCUUGCGAGGCGUAGGCGGAUGUUAGAACGAGAACAGGAAUUGCAGCAGAUGGAGGCCAACCUACACAGACUUGAAGGACAGAUUUCCGAAGAACGCCCAGUUGCCGCAGGAAGACACGUGGGUACGGGUGGGCGCACACUUCGAGAGAGACUGUGA